UCAAAAAUGUCGCAAAUUCGCCCCGUAGUGUCACGUUUGCUCUAUUUAGAAGACGCCCUCCAAAAAACAGGAUGGGGGCUCUACUACAAAUUCCUCGUGGGCUUUUCAAUGGCCAACUUAUUCACAAACGGCUUCGUCCUCCUAUGCCUCCACUUCGCUCUUCCUUUAUCAGCUUGCGACACCGGCUUGACCCAGGAAGACAUAGUUAACAUCUACGUCUGCUUCGUGACGGGUAAAGCCAUCGGGGGGUUUUUAUUGUGCAGCAUAUCAGACAGUACCGGGAAAAGGUGCAUGAUUUCGAAAAGCUUGAUCAUCACUUUUGGUAGCUGUUUUGUGUCUGCGUUCUCUCAUAACAUGUACACCCUCUACCUGGCGGCAUUUUUCCUAGGUUCUGGACUUCAAGCUAACAUCGUCUCGGUCAAGAUUUAUCUGGCGGAGAUUCUUCCAAUAGACAGACGAGGGUUCUAUACGGUACUACCUGACUUGUUUUGGACGGCUGGGUACUUUUCGACCUCUAUUUUUAUUUACUACUUCGGUACUACUAGUAGUCACGUAAAUGAACACCAAGGGAUGGAUAUGAGGUUGACCUCUUGGCGAAUAAUAUUCGCUAUUGGUGGAGGGUUGUGCAUCACCAUGGGGUGUUCGUCGGCACUUUUGGAACUAAGCCCUCGGUUUUUGCUUUUUCGGCGACGAAUCAUCACGGCUAGUCUCAUCUUGAAGCAGUUUUACGCCAUUAAUAAGUCGAAAUAUAGCGAGACGUUCGAUAUACACUCACAGCAACUCGUGGACUUAAUCUCCGACUAUAACAUUAACCUGGACCCAGAACCGGUUGGUAUGGUGCAGCAGACCGUCGUUAUGAUCAAGGUCAUGAUCCGCCUGCUGCGUCUCUUGCUUCGGCAACCUUUUUUUCGUACCGUCGUCACUGUGAGCGUCGCAAAGUUGCCAACCCUCUUUUGUCUUUCCGGGACGACGAUUUUCCUGUCGCAGCUCCUCACUAAUGCGAAUCAGACCAUCACUGGUGUCAGUUUCAUCCACUUGAACCUCGUCACCGAGAAGAACUGCACGACCUCGCUGGAAGAAACCCAACUGGAGUACUUCCUCUUAAUCUCCAUAAACAUUUUAUUAGCUCAAAUAAUCCUGGUGUGCAUAAUCGAUAAAUUCGGACGUAAAUUUCCCAUUUUUGCAGGUCUCACGUCGUGUUGUUUGACAAGUUUGAUCUUGGCGUUUAGUCGAAAUUUUACUGUGAUGGCAGUGGCGUCGUCGAUUUUUAUUUUUGGUUUGACUUUUGUCGAGUCGACGAUUUACGUGGUCGUGAUCGAAUCCUUUCCCACUGCAGUAAGGGGCACCGCCAUGGGCGUCGUCUGCUUCUACACCUACGUAACCUCCUGCAUCUGCUACUACGCCCUCAACAUCAGCAGCCAGAGCUUCCUCGCCAUCCUCGCCGCCGUAUUCUUCGGAAGUUCUUUGCUGGCUUGCUUCGUGCCGGAAAUGCGAGGAAGGCCCAUGAUGGAAUGAGCGACGACGAAGAAGAAUCGCCUUUUGGGCU